AACAGUUAUGCUAACUUUAUCUUAUCUGGGGAGGAAACCUGUUUUGAUAAAGGACCCGCUAAAGAGGUCACCGCGUUGCAGGGGUGAAUAAAAAGUUAUGACCAUAUCCAUAGGUGUGGCUAGUGGUCUAAGCCGCGACCUUCCUUUGUUCGCGGCAGGGGCGCUGCGAGCGCUCGCCGGUCGCUCACUGCCGCAGUCGAGCUCGGCCAUUAUUCUGUGCGCGCGUGCCUUGCUUCAACUCACCAGCAAAACUUUCUUACGUCAAAUCAAUGGAUAUAACCUAACACGCCGCGCACUCGGUUUCGUAUGAAAUGUGAUUGUUAUUGUGUCUAAAUGGCGUCUCUAAUGUGCCCGUAAUAGUGACGUGCAGUGCUACAGUUUGCAGUGUUAAUGAUGUAAUUUUUUUUGUGUGCCGUGUUGUGUUUAAAAAGGAGCAAUGAGUAUCCAAAAGUGUUUUCUGGAUAACUCCAGCAGGAUGAUAAAGGCGAUGUCAACUGCGAAGUCGAGCUCCAGCGAAGUGAAAACGGGCGUGCAAAGUGGCCUCAGAAAGGUUGGCCUGGCGAUGCUGUCAAUGUCGAUGGCUCUCGAUGACAAAAAGAAAAAAACCACUCGCAGUUGGAUAGAGAGCACGUUCCAAAAGCGCGAGUGUAAAUACUUCGUGCCGAGCGCCAAGGACGAGCAUGUAUGCUGGUGCGGUCUCAGCAGGACAGCCCAUGGCGCCAACAUUCCAGUGGCGACGCCCGGCGAGGCGUGGAUGCCCGCGCGGCAUACUCAGCCGGCGCCAACGGACGCCUAUGGCACUGUGGAGUUCCAGGGAGGACCGCAUCCUACUAAAGCACAGUACGUCCGCCUCGCCCACGACACGCGCUCCGAGCUGAUAGUCCAACUGCUGACGCGAGAAUGGGCCCUCGACCGGCCCAAGCUGCUCAUCACCAUCCAGGGCGGCAAGGCCAACUUCGACCUGCAGCCCAAGCUGAAGAAGGUUCUCAGGAAAGGCCUGCUGAAGGCCGCUAAGACCACGGGAGCCUGGAUUUUUACGGGGGGCACUAAUACUGGUGUGACGCGACAAGUGGGUGACGCACUACAACUGGAGCGCUCACAACGGGCCGGCAGGGUCGUCAGCAUUGGCAUAGCUCCGUGGGGCAUCGUCGAAGGGGCAAAUGAUCUUAUAGGCAGGGGCAGAGACGUGCCCUACCAUGCUAUGGCUUCACCAAGAUCGAAGCUCGCGGUGCUGAACAACCGGCAUGCGUACUUCCUAUUGGUGGAUAACGGCUCGGUGGGGCGCUACGGCGCGGAGAUCGUGCUCCGGCGCAAGCUGGAGAAAUACAUUGCGGCACAGAAACUACAUCCUUACACACAUUCAUCAACACCCGUGGUCUGCCUGGUCAUAGAGGGCGGCACGAACACGGUCCGCGCGGUACUGGAGUAUGUCACCGACACGCCGCCCGUGCCCGUCGUGGUGUGUGACGGCAGCGGCCGCGCGGCUGACCUCAUCGCGUUCGUGCACAAAUAUGCGUCGGAAAGCGGCGAGCAGACGGUCCUGGAGUCGAUGCGGGACUACCUGAUCGGCACCAUCCAGAAGACCUUCGAGGUGCAGCUUCAGCAGGCCGAGUGCCUCUACAGCGAGCUGCUGCAGUGCACCAGGAAAAAGAACUUGAUCACGGUGUUCAGGAUCCAAGAAAGAGCAGAAGGCGGGGAAGUACAGGAGCUGGACCAGGUCAUCCUAACAGCACUGUUCCGGGCACAGCACUUGUCUCCCAGCGAGCAGCUGUCUCUGGCUCUGACAUGGAACAGGGUGGACAUCGCGCGGUCGGAAAUCUUCGUGUACGGACAGGAAUGGCCUCCAGGUGCUCUGGACGAAGCCAUGAUGCAGGCCCUGGAGCACGACCGCAUCGACUUCGUGAAGCUUCUACUCGAAAACGGCGUCUCCAUGCGCAAGUUCCUCACCAUCCCACGGUUGGAAGAACUGUACAACACCAAGAGCGGACCCAGCAACACACUGCGGUACAUCCUGAGAGACGUGCGGCCCCAUCUUCCGAGGGGCUACGUGUACACCUUACACGAUAUAGGGCUUGUGAUAAACAAGCUCAUGGGAGGUGCUUACAGGUGCUACUACACCCGGCGGAAGUUCCGUCCGAUAUACGCGAAAGUUAUGAACAAGAGCGUCAAUGUGCACCGCAACAGCGCGUCGUUCACCCGCCACCAAGCCGGCGGUCUGUCGCUCAUCACCGGGUUCAUGCCGGUCACUACAGAGAUGGCGCUGUUCGACUACCCCUUCAACGAGCUGCUGAUGUGGGCAGUUCUCACAAAACGCCACCAGAUGGCGCUCCUCAUGUGGACGCACGGCGAGGAGGCGCUGGCCAAGAGCCUCGUGGCCUGCAAGCUGUACAAGGCCAUGGCCCACGAGGCCGCCGAGGACGAUAUGGAGACCGAGGUGUAUGAGGAGCUUAGGCAUUACGGGAAGGAGUUUGAGACCAAAGCUCUAGAGUUACUGGACUAUUGCUACCGCCAAGACGACGAUCAGGCCCAACAACUCCUGACCUGCGAGCUCCAGAACUGGUCUGGACAGACCUGCUUGAGCCUCGCCGUUGCUGCCAACCACCGCGCCUUACUAGCCCAUCCAUGCUCACAAAUCAUACUCGCAGACCUCUGGAUGGGAGGGCUUAGAACCAGAAAGAACACCAGCCUUAAGGUCAUUCUGAGUCUGCUGUGCCCCCUGUACAUCCUCCAACUCGAGUUCAAGUCGAAGGAGGAACUGCAGCUGAUGCCGCAGACUGAGGAGGAGCAUCUGGAGAAUGAGAGUAUGGAAGACGACCGGAGUACUAAGGAUCCGAACGAUGCUGAGGCAUUGAUUGGCUCAGGAGAAUGUGACACGCGCGUCGAUCAGAACGGGAAAGUGGGUAAAAUAGGGUGGGAGCCGUCGUACCGGGAGCUACCGGAGUAUCACGCGCCGGAAGACAAGCGCAUGCGGCCACUGCGGCUCAGGAAGAAGAUCUAUGAGUUCUUCACGGCGCCGAUCACCAAGUUUUGGGCUGAUUCGAUCGCCUACAUAUUGUUCCUAUUGAUGUUUACAUAUACAGUAUUAGUCAGGAUGAGCCAUACGCCAUCUUGGCCUGAGAUUUAUUCUAUAUGUUAUAUAAUAACGUUUUUAUGUGAGAAAGUAAGAGAAAUCGUUACGUCCGAACCUGUUGCUAUUAGACAUAAGUUCAGCGUGUGGGCAUGGAACAUGUGGAACACGUACGACGCAGGCUUUAUCAUAUUCUUCCUGGUGGGUUUGACGCUGAGGCUGCGCGUGAGCUCGAUGGACGUCGGCCGGGUCAUUUACUGCGUCGACAUCAUCUACUGGUACUUAAGGAUACUGAACAUAUUAGGCGUAAAUAAGUACUUAGGACCUUUAGUCACAAUGAUGGGUAAGAUGGUGAAAAACAUGAUAUACUUCGUGGUGCUAUUAUUGGUGGUGCUAAUGUCGUUUGGGGUCGCGCGGCAAGCGAUACUCUACCCUGAUAAGGAAGCCAGUUGGUACCUCAUCAGAGAAAUAUUCUUCCAACCAUACUUCAUGUUGUAUGGCGAGGUGUUUGCCCCGGAGAUCGAUCCCCCGUGCGGCUUGGGCGUCGACAUGGCCAAGUGCGUGACGGGCCGCUGGAUCACGCCCAUCGUGAUGACGAUUUACCUUCUCGUCGCAAAUAUUUUGCUCAUCAACCUCCUUAUUGCCGUCUUUAACAAUAUAUUUAACGAAGUCAAUGAAGUCUCGCAUCAGGUAUGGAUGUUCCAAAGAUUUACUGUGGUUAUGGAAUAUGAACAAAAGCCAGUCCUGCCUCCGCCACUAAUAAUUUUUUGUCACAUAUACGCGACGUGCAAAUGGGUGACGAGAAAUGUCUCACACCAAAGGUUUCAGUACGAUAAUGGGCUGAAACUUUUCUUAGAAAAAGAAGAUAUGGAAAGGUUGUAUGAUUUUGAAGAAGAGUGUGUUGAAGGUUAUUUUAGGGAACAAGAGAUUAAAUUAUCAAAUUCUAUGGAAGAAAGAGUGAGAAACACAACUGAUAGGGUAGAACAUAUCACAACUAAAAUGGAAGACUUAAAUCAAAAAGCUAAUUGCCAAAUACAGUCAGUACAGAGCGUAGAGUUUAGGUUAAGAAAAUUAGAAGACGUAGCAGAACAGACGAUGAAUCAUUUAGCUGUAAUACACCGGUUUAUGGCCACACACCCGUCCUUGGUGAAUCGAGGAUCCACGGACACGCUGGGACCACCGCCUCCGACCUUCCAAGCUGCUAGUGCAAGACUGAGAACGACUAGCGACAGAUCGGAGGUGCUGUCGGACAGCGACACGGGCCCCACGCGCUUCGUCGUGCGCCCCGUGCAGGAGGAGGACGAGCGAUCGCAACCCUCCGAUGACGAGAUGCCCCACUCUGGGCCAGAAGCCCCGGGCCCAGGAGAGAAGGACCGCGAUGGAGACUCCACAUCCACGUCCUCGGGGGGCAGUGGUGCUGGACCGGAGAUCACCGUCAUCAGACCGCAACCGCCCACACCGGCGCGACAGAGGAGUUCGGAAAGCAAUAGGACUGAACCUAGUGACGAUAAAAAAGUUCCAUCGAUAACUGAUGAUGCGUUCUUGGAAGUGAACGAGCCGCCAGCAGACCUCGCCAGCCUUCGGCCUAGAACCAACACAGCAGGAACCAGGAGAACAGCUAACGCUAGACGGCGUUCAGAAGGUGGCAACGACUGUGGCAUGGGAGGGCACUACUCAACGCAGCAUCUGGCUCCGAGGCGGCAGCACAGCCAGACACAUUCAGAGCCUGACAACUCGGGGGUUGACGCUGGCUCCCUUCAUAACUCUGUCACUGGCCAGCAGUCCGGCUGGGAAGCGACCGGCGGCGCCACCGGCAUGGGUUCAGGCCGGGCUCGGGUCGGCGGCGCGCCGAGAUCUCUCCUUCUCGCCAUGCACGAGUAUACCAGCAUCACCGAUGAGCUGGAGACCGUGUAUGGACUGUUCUCCCCGCCGCAUACGCCGAGAACCCCCAUCACAUCCCGUCUGCUAUCGCCCGCGAGAGCCGCCUCGCCCUCCAUCCGCCGACGCCACGCCAGCGAAAUGUCCAACCCGGAGUUCGCUCUUUACAUGGAGAAGGAACAUCUGCGCGGCGCCGAGGAAGAUGACUACAUCAUUAUGGAGAACCUCAUUCAGCGACGCCUAGAAAUCGAGUCUGUGCUGCACAGAUACGAGGAGGAGGCGGAGGGGGAGGGGGACGGCGAGGGGGAGGGAGAAGGUGGGAUCAGCAUCAGCGUGUGCGUGAACACGAGCGGGGAGGAGCAGCACGGAGCGCCGCCGCAGUCGACCACGCUGCUGACGGUCAAUGACCGCCGGUUGCCGCAUCAGAGACAUUCUCUGAGGAGAUCGUCAGCCAUCGACAGCAGGGAGCUGCCGAGUCCGCUGCAGCCGCUGCUCGGAGACGAUGCUUGCGGAGAGGUGCUGCUGCCCGUGCCGAGGCAACCUUCAGGUGACACCAACGCGUCCAGCGACAUGUCUCUUUCGCACAUGGUGAGCGAAAACCUGCCGCCGCGGCCGUCCAUCGUGCUGGACUCAUCGCAGCUGCCACGCCAGCGAUCCGCCGAGCAGCCGCAGCCGCAGCCGCCGGGGCCCGCGCGGCCGGAGACCAUGUGCUAGAUGAUCGCCAUCCGAAAUGAACACAACAAUGCACCAAUCAUCAAAAGAGACCCGGAAACCAACUUAUAAAAAAUAUUGAAGAAAACUGCGCAAAAGUAUUAAUCUAAUCAUAAUCAUAGAACACCAAAAAUUACUGUUAGUAUUAAAAUUAAAUUUUUGAGAGGUUUUCCAUUUAGGGCCUUGUCGGAACCCCUUUUUCGGCGUUGAGCCAUUCGAUGUACUUACUCUUGACUGUCUGUCCCGUGUGAUCUAGUAUUAGACUGAACAUAACACUAUUCUAAAUCAAGCCAUAUCCUUUGUAAACUCCACUAAUUGUUAGCACGUUUAAAACUUUUAGAUCGCUGUACAUUUGCUAAGCUCCUGAUUUGAUACAUGAACCAGUGUCUAUUCACUUCAAUAGCUCGGAAAAGUUUUGUUCGUCUUUCAAAAUCUGCACGCAACGGUUUACUAACGCCUUUAAACUAGCGUCGAAUUUUGUACGCAGGUUUUGAAAAAUAAAUUAUAGUAACUUAAAUAAAUUUAAUAUAAUUACAUUUCAAUUUUUUCCUGCGGUGUUGAGGUGAAAAUGAAGUGCGUUACACUCGGCAACCAAAUUGUUUCGCGUCUCUAUAGGUAUUUCAAAGCAGUGGCGUUGCAUAGCUAGGCGUUGGCGAACUCGCCCUACGCCUCGCACUUGAAGGGGAGGGAACCAUUUUAUUACAUUGAAUUCAUUGAAAAAAGGCCUUUACACAUGCGAUUUUGCCCGCGCCUUGAUUGAUUCACGAUACGCCACUGUUUCAAUGUAAGCACGCCAAACAACUUUGCAGCCUUGCGUAGCAAGGAAUUAUAUCCUUACUUUAUUAAUAGUUACUUAAAUAUUAAUAUAGUGUACAGGCGACGUAGUAAGAACUGAGUGAAAGAUUAUCGACAAUACAUUCGUACAUGUUACCUAACGAAUAUGGAACUGAGAGUAGCCUAGGAUAGGUUAGUCCGGGGCAAUGGAAUAUAAUAAUUGCAAUUUAAUUUUUGACUGCGCCAACGCUGAAAUUGAUCCUGCCGAUAUGAAUAGCUUAUUUAAAUAUCUGCACGAGCUAUGGCCGAUAUGUUGAUAAGUGUCAAACUGAAUAAAAUUGGGAACCUUCCUUUCUUUUCUAUAAAAGUUUUGAUUUGACUAGUACAUUUUCACAUAGGUACAUAGUUAUUUAAAUGUGAUGACCCCUUUUUCUAUCGAGCACUAUUUAAUUGACUUAAAUAAAUCGAGACUUUUUUAUGUAUAUCCUGGAUGUAUUCAGUACUUCGCGUUAAAAAGUUAUAUAAGUGACGCAACAAGACGCAUUAUGAUAUUGUAAAUCAAUAGUAUAACAAUUAUAACGUCGGGUGACAAGCAAGAGUCACUAACUAACACCAUUGAAAUUAUUGGACAAUAAACCGUGUUACAAGUGUAAUAAAGUGCAUUGUUAGUUUAAUUUUUUGAUAGUACUUAGUGACUUUUGCUUGUCACCCGACGAUAACUUGUAUCCUAUGACGAAACACUGAUGGUGUUAUUAUUUUAAUUUUUUUUUUACCUAUUUAGUUUGACACUUAUAAAUGAUUUUCGUAUAGUUUUAAUUUAAAAUCACUGACGUUUUAAAUUGUUGACCAAUUUAAAUGAUUAAGCCGUUUUUUAAUUAUAAUAAAAUAAUAAAUGAAAUAGCACUAAGUUUCAAUCCCCAAUAAAAAGGUCAUCACAAUGUGUUCAAUUAUACCAAAUAUUUUGUGCAAAUUUUACCGUUUUAUUAUAUUUGCAGUACAAUUGAAUAUUUCAUCUUUGUAUAUAAAAUAGAUUGAAUACCAACGGAAUGCUAAUAGUGUUAAUAUUACCUUAUAGGUUAUUUAAAAGCAUUACUGUUUAUAUUUUUAUCUUAGUAAUAAUUAAGAAAUCAAAUGCAAUAAAUUGUUUGUUUUAUAGAUAAUAAUGAACGCAUAUCGUCAUGUUAACAUUUUGUCUAGUUGAACAAAAUAUAUUAUGAAUUAUGAACAGAAGCAAUAAAUAAUGUUCAUGAAAAUCGGGUUAUUAAUUGUCUAUUUUAAUUGAGUAAAUUCGGCUCUACCUCUAAUGAAAAAUUAUGACUAUAUUAUAAUGAAUUAUUUCACCAAUUAAUCAUCGGAUAUACUUGGUUAGAUGGUACUUUUUACUGAAAUUAAAUUCUAUAUACACUAUUUAAUAUCUUAAGUCAAUUCUGUAAUUAUUGAGUUAUCAUUAAUUAACGACCUCCGUAUUUAAUGUAUGAUUAGCAAAAUAAAAGAAUAAAAAUCUUAAUUAAAAUCACUGGCCGAAUGUACUUUAAAAAUCUAAAGAUUAAUAAACCAUUGAAUAGAUUAAACAUUUAAGUACUUAAUAGUUCCCUCUAAUUGUCCCACGUCAUUCCUACAUUAUUUGAGAAGAAAAAAUAUAUAAUAAGUAUUAUAAUGACGAGAUAUAAAAUCAUAUUCAAAAGGAAUUGCCCUGUCAUAUUUUUGUUACGUAGUAAAAAAUGAAUUGUAUACAAUAAUAAUUUGUACGUAUCAAAAUAUUUACAAAUUAAAUUAUUUAUAAUACCUACAUAUCUCAUAAAAUAAAUUUACUUUUUUGACGAAAUACAUUAUUUAUAUGAGCACGAGAGAAUAAAGUAUCAUUGAAUGAAAAAUAUCAUAUAUAAUGUAUGAUGAAGUUGUAAAUAUUUACAUUUUAAUGUUGUUAUUUUGUACCGAUAUGUAUUGCAUGUUAGGGCUGACAGCCUGACAAGUACCGUCUGAUGCUUGUAUUUGAGGCACAAGUUUUUCGUACACCAAUUAUCAUAUAGUAUUGUUAAAGUAUAGUAGUAAAAGAUGAAUCAAACCUCUGUAAUAAAUAGUCUAUUGAAUUGUAAACGCAAAAAGUAAAUUAAUACUGUUUGGAAUUUUACUAUUUACCAGGGAUACACUAGGCGACAGGACGCGCAAGCGGGUUAUUCGCGGACGGUCUAGAACGCAAAAUGACUACUGUAACAUUUUGCCUAUAUCGUUCUAAGUCUACAUUGCGAACGGUCCAGAACGCAAAAUGUCUACAUCAUUUUCCGUCGUUUUAUCUUUACGUUAGCGACCGCGGGGCUCCUAUUUUGUGCGGUUUGGCCUUCGGUCAUUUGAAGAUAACUAACGAACCUAACCUACCUGUGUGAUUUAAAAAAUUGGUCAUUUUACGUUCUAGACCUGUCGCGAUGUAAACUAAAAGCGAUAUAGGCAAAAUAUUACACUAGUCAUUUUGCGUUCUAGACCGUCUGCGACUAUAGUUCGUUUUUUUUAGCAUUAGAAAGAACUCCACAGAAGCAAGCGUGCAGUUUUUGUCAGGCUCUUUAAUUGUUAUUAAUUAUUGAAUUAUCUAAUGUAGCAUGGUCAAUACAUGUAAUUUACUUCAAAUUAUUACGGCUCUAAGUGCCGGAUUUGGAACCACAAGCUUACUUCUGCGAAGUUCUUUCUAAUGCUAAAAAAAAACGGACUAUAUACCGCGCCAGCGACGUAAGGUGAAGUGGUGCGACGUUGCGGACAGAUGUUAAUCUCCAUCUGAGAUGUUAAUCUCAAUACAAGUUUGCGUUUUAAGGUGGAAAUUGUAUGGAGAUGACAUUUGUCAGCAUACCUAAUCUGUUUAAAAAAUGGUAUAUGUCUACCUUAUUGUAGUACUUGGUCUUUUCUACUAUGUCUAUUUCUGCAUCUCAAGCACAGCCUUAAAAUUAGCUUGUGAUUUUAGUACUUUGAGAAAAUUUCAGUUACGGUUUGAGUUUAGUUUUAACUGAAAAGUACGUAGUUAUAAGUCAAAUGCAAUAUUUAACUAUGUGUACGUAAAAUGUUCCAAUCAACUAGUUUUAUGAGCUAAUAAGAUUCGAACAUGUAGACUUAAAAUAACUUAUAAUUUACAGUUUCAAAGGUGUUACCGCAUUUAUCAAUUCGAAUCGGCUUGAGCAAAUUGAAACUCUUGAAACUUCAAUACGUCUCUCUUCAAUACGGCACUGGGUUCCGUCGUUCGUUUUAGCGCUCUUAUGCUCAUAAGCAGACAUAUAAAUAAAUUAAAAUUAAAUUUUAUUUAAAAAAGUAAUUUUUAUCGCUUUUUUGGUGCAGCGGAGUGGUGUUAGAGUCAGACCAAUAAAAGUCUGCAGCGGAUUUGAUAGCCCACCCACUCCACCCAGGACAAGUAUUAUUUUAAACCUCAAACUUCUAUGAAAUUACGACGUAUAAAUAACACUGGCACUGCGAGGGCUAUCAAAAUCGCUGCAGACUUUUAUUGGUGUAAACAAUUCUAACCCUAAUGAUUAUUUAGCGUUAAUUAUGUUAAUAUUAACCUUGAUUUACCAUUUCAGUUGAAAUUGUCUAUACCAAUUCCGUUAACACCACUCCGCAACACCGAAAAAGUUAUAAAAUUUACGAUGUCUGCUCAUACAUAAGGCUCACGAUCGAAACUAUAUACCUAUACGUAGCAAGUUCGAUGAAAUUUAAAUCAUAAAGUUGCAUGUUUUGUAUUGUAAUGUAAUUACUAAGUUAGUAAUAUGUUCAACUUUCAAACAAAUCAAAAUCAACUCUAUUUCCUACACAAUACGUUCAAAUCCACUGGCAAAUUUUGGAUAUCUUGGGCUGGACCUUAGGAGGUUAUGACAUGCACACAGAGAUAGAGCUUUUUCCUGACGGCCUAAGCCAAUUUUGUUUUAAUAAAUAUGGUGACACCUGUUGGCGCAAUAACUUCUCAACAUUUGCGAUUGCGACGUACCACGGAUACAGGUACCUUAACGCGGUUGGGGCUUACGCUAUUAUUAACGCCGCUCCAAUAAUAUUGCGGCGCUAUGCGACGUAAGCGCCAGCCGCCAUAAGGUACCUUUUCCUGUGGAACAUCACAUUUUACAUGCUACUCAAAAGUACUAAAAUAACAAGCCCUUGAAGACUAAACCUAUGAAGGUACUUAAUUUAUAUUGUCUUACCUUUUAUAUUUAGCAAAAUUAUGAAUUUGUAUAAUGGUUUAUCCUUUUUGUUUUAUCUAGAUUUGUUUAAUCAUUCUCAGAGUGAUAGUAGUACUUCGUCUGUGUUAUGUAAACAUAAUGUACAAUAAUACAAUAAAUAUAUUUGUGAUAUUAAAA